CUGGAUUUCUGGUCACCAGUUGUAAGCCGCGAACCGAUGCGCGCACUUUCGACUUGUAGAAUCGCUCGUUUUCAUUUCGUUUUUUCAUCUUUCCUCUAUGAAACGCCGAUGGAAAAAUUAUAAUGUAAUUGAAAAAUAGUUACAAAGUUAUCGCAUUAUGGUUUAACCCUACCGAAAUCGACGCUUUUUGGGAUUAAUUUUAUACCGAAGCAAACUGGAAUAUGAUAAUGUUAUUCAUGAAACCAACGAUCCAGUGACACUACGCUGCGAUUUAGUUUUCUCAUUUCUUUCGUUGAAGCAGCGGCGCGAAGAUGGAUCCCACUACGGGGGCCAUGUUGGCCCUCCAAAUUCUCGCCCUCUGUUCAAUAGUGGCUGCGUUAUUGGCGUAUCUCGUAAGACAAUCGCGGAAUGCUUCGAAUGAAUUUGACGUACGCAGCAAGCGAUACGUUCUGGUCACGAGCUGCGAUAACAGCGUUGGCCUGCAGAUAGCGAUCGCCCUCGCCGAGGCCGGCUAUAAGGUAUUCGCUGGAUUAUUGGAGCCGGAGGGGAGUUCGCCGUCGGCCAAGAUUAUUCGAGCGCUGGACGAUCAGCGAAAAAAGGAACCCGCCUUGACUGAGAUAACCGAGGACGCUGCGGACACCCUUUCACAGGGACAAAUCGUACCAUUGGAAUUGGACACUACGAGAGAAGACAGCCUCCACGCCUGUCUCGACGCUGUUAGAUCUAGACUUCCGGCUGGUGAGGACGGUCUCUGGGCAGUUGUUCAUACCGGAGGACUCGCUUUGGCGGGUACGAUAGAACGACAGGAAAGUUCCGCAUGGGAAUGUAUGCUCCGACAUAAUUUGGUGGCCCCGUUAAGAACCGCCAGAGCUUUUAUUCCGUUACUACGUGCUAAAAGAGGUCGUAUAGUUCUGCUGGGUGAUUCCGAGGCCAGUUUUUCGAGGGCAUCUGGUUUGGUGGCGUACAGCGCAUCGCGACGCGGCGUCGAGGGUGCCGCCGAGGCUCUCAGGUCUGAAUUACUGCCGUCAGGAGUUGCGGUCGUUUUGUUGAAACCGCCACCCGUCAAUCCUCUCGUUCUUUACGGACCGCCGAUCCUCAAAAGAAUCGACGUUGAAAUUGGCGUAGACGGCGCCGACGGUACUUGGACCGCACCUCUGCCCACCAAAGCGAUACGACAUUCUUUGAUACCGGCUUUGGGUUCCCCUUGUCCGAUAUCUAUGUACAAUAUGGCUUCGAAGGCUCGCAAUUUUUGUGCAUUUAACUCCGACUGAUUUUCCUGUUUUUUUUUUUUGUUUUGUUUUUUUAUAUAUAUUCCCUUGUUUUUAUCUUUGCACAAUUUUUUCUACAAAUCCUCACGCGUCUGUUCGCUGAUAAUAAUCUGCCUGAAAUGCGGCCAUAAUGAAGUAACGCUAUCGUAACCCCGUCUAGGUUCGUUUAAGAAAUGUAAAAUAUGUAAUUAUAUAUAUAUACAUACACGCAUGUAAUUUUACUUAUCGACUGUUAAUAAUACCGUCUACCGAAUAAUGUAAUCCUUUUUUUCGAAUAUUAUACAAAACACUUUGUACAUUA